AUGAAGAAACUCAUACUAGCUUCGAUACUAGCAUGGCUGAUAUCUCAAGUCUAUGCGCAGAACAUGACUGCAAAGGAAGCUUGUCCAGAUCCGGCCUUCGCGUACCCAGUAACCUGUCUUUCAAUUCAUUCUCCUUCCAAUAAUGCGAAUUCGAAUGAUACUGUGGCAUAUAAAUAUGGGUGCUUGAAAUCUCAGGAACAGGCUCUUAAUAGUGCGAGUUUUUGCUCUGUGAAUCAGACGCUAAGUCAAGUAAAUGUUACCUUUCAAUGUAUUACGACGUACACACCUAUAACGUGUGACUCUACAAGUGCAGAUCCCAUUGUCUCUUGCGCACCGAGUUAUAACCUGACUCAGUAUGGGUCUUGUCCUGGACGAACAUGCCCGAUAGUAUACCAAAGCAGUGGAGCUCUCUUCAACUAUACAAACACUUGUGGAACUACGUGUUAUGGCCCAAAGUAUCAGUGUUGCCCUGGCUAUCUUAACGUUAUUGGAAGCAAUGCACUGUGUCUGAAUCCAGGAGCUAUAUCGGCUAGUCCGUCUGCUACUGCAUCGCCUGGAACGGCUCCGAAAUCCACUUCUGGUGGAGGGCAACGACAUUCGAUAACGGUCUUUGGAUUAUGGUCUUUUAUUGUCAUACUUUACCACGUCUUUAAUCCUACUCCUGUAUCAGCUUCUUCAAAAACACAACCACAACAAACACCCAAAAUGUUGAAACAAGACGAGGAGGAAGACGCGCCAAGGAGGUCAUGGCUAAAUCCACAGCUAGCCAAGUUCACUCUCUUCUUCUUCAUCGCCCUGCUGCUAAUCAAUGCUUUUGCAAUGGUGAUUGUAUCGACCUCAACGUAUGAAGGGACGGGACCAUUCCCUGGACAGAGCGAUCUGUUUCCGCAAGAUUUGCUGCUAGCUCUGACGGUAUUGGGAGCUCUAAACUUUGCGAGGGGUGCAUCCAUAUGCUUUUACAGCCUUCGGAUGUCGUCUAUGGGCCUCAUAAUCUCCUCAAUCCUCGCAAUAGUAUACGUCGCCGUGCACCUCGUCCUCGGCUUCAUUGCAUCAAACACAAUCGCAGACGCCUCAACAACAUGGAUAACCCUCUCAGACGACAAACGCACAUCCAUCGCCGCCAUAAUUGGCUGUGGAUACGAUCAAGCACACGACUGUAUAACAAUAGCAACAUCGAUACGGCAGAAUGAAAUCUUUAUUGUUGCGAUAUGGAUGAUACUAGGUGCUGUGAUACAUGCUGCUGCAGGUGUAUCGGCCAUGAUUGUGUAUUAUGCUAUUCGGACGCAUGCGUAUGAUAUGGAUGAGGAGAUUAUACAGGAGUAUGGUAUGAAUGAGAGCGGGAGGGAUCCAAGCUGGGAUCAGCAGAGGCCGCCGUCGGUUAUAGAGACCAGUAGGAGUGAUACCCGAGAAUCUAGUAAUACGGAGGGUAAAGCUGUAGAGGUUGGAGUCAUUGAUGAUCUCAAAAGGCUGGCUGAUGGGAGACAAGCUGUCGGUCUAUAG